GAGCUGGGCCAGAGAAAUUUUGCUAUGUGGGGUGUUUCCUAGGGAGAGGUUGCAGCUGGAGAGGGCAUCCGCUGCGUAAAACAUAAUGGGUUAAAAACAUAACGUCAUAAAGUAGUAAAUACAAAUGGCAUCUUAUUUAAAGCUUUUUGAUUAAGAAACAUGCAGCAACUGAAGCGUGCAAAAGAUCCCCACAAGUUGCCAUUUCUGCUCUUUGAAAUAAUAACCCAACCCAUUACUCAUAACUGAGGGAAUCCCAACAAAUCAUGCAGGCAAACUGUCUUGGUUCAUGGUUUCUGCUUUAGUUUCAGCUGUAAUAUACCAUUUCAAUAUUGAAAAGACCUAUAAAUCCAAAAAUGGAAGUCACAACUAAGCCAGUGUUUAGUUACUCGCUUAGUUCUCUGCUUACUUCCUUACUAUACCGUCUUUCUAUUUCAGUAUUCUGCUUAUUUUGUAAUAUGACAAGUUAUGUUGCCAUGUAGAUUUACAUAAUUAUACAUCACAUCCGUCCGCUGAACUUCCUCAAUUCUCUCAUGCUAUUCAUGUGCACCGCAGACAUGCUUCUUCAGUCGACCUGCCCUCACUUUUCCUCCUGAAACUACUUUUAUAUCCUUAAAAGGAUGGAGAAGAAUGGAGGAAAAGCGUGUCAGCGGCGUCAUGAGCUGGUUUCGUGAGCGUUUUGGCAGACAAAGGAACGGACAGGAACAAAUCAACCCAUAUGAAAACCCUCCUCCUCCUUCUCACCCAUCAGAUCUCUCCAUCUCCACCUCCAUCUGCUCCUCUUCCUCCUCUCAUCAGCAUCUGCCCUCAUUUCUCUCCUCAUCCCUCCGCUCAGCUCUCAAAUACGACCUCUAUCUGUGCCACUCCGAGAAGGACAUGGAGCAGGCGCAGAGUUUGGCCACUUUCCUGGAGCAGCCGGGUAAAAGUCUGCGCUGUUUCCUGCAGGAGCGCGACUGUGCGCUGGGCGGCGCUGUUUCCACUGAACUGCUGCAGGCGCUGCGGGAUAGUCACUGCUGGCUGCUGCUCAUAACUCCACACUUUCUGAAGGAUGAUUGGUGUUUGUAUCAGAUGCACCAGGUCCUGUCUGAGGGCCCGAUGUCUCAGAGGAUUAUCCCCUCCGUGCUGGACAUGCCCAGGUCUGAGCUGCCGCUGGAACUGCGCUUCCUCUUCACUGUGGAUCUCAAUGUAAACAGAGAGUUCGGCUUUAAACAGGUGUACAGUACUGUACUUCACUAUUUGAAGGACGUGUGUGAGAAGGAGACGUCCAGCAGUGUGUCUCAGACGGACAGACGAGAGGAGAGUCAGCUAUAAACAUCAUUGUGUUCACUGCAAUGACUUUAUUCUUCACUUCCAGGAAGUGACAUGCAGACAAGGCAACAGUGUUGUAUAUGUAUCAUAUGUCCAUCCAGUGUUCUACUAAUCUCUAAAUAAAAAGAGGACCACAGUCU